AUGGAUAUUAAAGAACCAUUUACCAAUAAUCACGCAAACCAACAAACAAAUGUAAAUAAUUAUGUAAAAGCAGAUGAAAAUGCUGUUGAAAAUCGUGAAAAUGAUGACGACGAUGAUGGUACAAGUUCUUCUACUAGUAGUAAUUGUAGAUCUGAAUCAUCUGAUUCAUCAAUUACAAGAGUUGAACGAAAUAAUCUGCUCCUUAAAGGCUUCACAGACUCGAGCUCUAUUGACAGUACGAACAAUAAUACUACAACAUUAUUAACAACACCUAAAAAACCUCGAGUAAAAGUUUCAGCAAAUAAUAUUAUAUCAGAUUUUAGUAGUUUAGGAGUGUACUCUCAAAAUCAACAACAAUCACACCAAUAUAAUUCAAAAAAAUUUUCAAGUAUGAGAUCAGAUUUGUCCUGGGGAAGUGAUUCUGGUAUUACAAGGGCGAAUAAUAAAAUUAAAAAUAAAAUAUUAAACAAAAAAUCGAUUGUUAAAGAUGAUAGAUGUGAUGAUAAUGAUCAAUAUGAAGAAUUAAAUUAUUAUUAUAAAAAUCAUCCUAAAUUAAACAACAAUGUGAAUGAAUGGGCUGAUAAAAAUGAUUACUACAUGCCUGAAAGUCAUUCUGAAAUUACUACAAAUACGAGAGAUUCUUCAUCAUCUAUUUCUACUUCUACUUCACCAAGAGUUAGAGCAAGAUCCAUUCCAUUUGAAAUUGAAGAUUUACUGAAAUUAUCAUUGAACCCAAAAGUUCAAAGAAAGUUUCUUGAUCUUCAAAUUUCCAACAAAUCACUUCUUAAUAUUAAUACGACAUUGGAAUCAACAAUUAAAGAACAAAACAAUAAACUUGCAACAAUUCCAUCAUUUGAAUCAAUUAUGGCGCAACAACAAAAACAAUUAGAACAUCUUACCAAAGUUGAAGAAUUAAUGCUGAAAUUGACAACAAAGAUGUCUGAGCAAGACAAUGAAAUAAAGGCUUUAAAAAACCAAUUACUUGAAAAGAAUGGAAAACUAUUAUGGGUAAAACAACAAUAUCCUGAUAAUUAUUACGAUGAAACUUUUUUGGAAGAAUUAGAAAAAAAUGUUAAUGUGAGAACGUAUGAUUAUUGGACAGUGGUAAUGGAAUCAUCAGCAAUUUCACAACAUAUCAGUAGCAUAGUUAUCUUUAUAGCUGUAUUUAAAUAUCUUGAUUUAAAGAUGUUAUCAUCACAAAGUUUGAUUAUUAUUGGAAGCGUUUUCACGUUUAUUGGUUACAUAUUCUGGGAUAAAAGUAUUUCAAAAACUGAUCCUUCUUAUGAAUACAAGCGAUGGAAGACAGCAAAAGGAGCUAUAUUAUUUUUUGCAACAUUGCUAGGAUUAUCUCCAAUUUUAAAAACUUUAACAAUAGAUACAAGUGAAGACACGAUUUGGGCAUUGACUGUUAUAUUGUUUCUUGCCAAUAUGAUGUUUCACGAUUAUGGAUCUGAAAAUAGAACUAAUAUCAAAUUUCCAGGAUCACUUUCAACAAAUGCAGCAAUAUUUGCGUCGGUUCUAUUAGCGUCUAGAUUAACAUUAAAUUCUCAUGUAUUUGGAUUAAUGUUAUUUGCAGUUGAGUGGUUUGCUUUGUUUCCAAUUUUUAGAAGAUAUAUAAAGGUAUAA